AUGGCACCACCGCCGACUUCACCGACUCCCCGGCGUCGGAAACGGCCGCGCCCUCUCCCGCACGUCAUGGCCCGCAACCUCGCCAUCGAAAAGCGUCGUCGCGAGGAGAUGAACGGGAACUUUCUGGACCUGGCCCAUCUCGUGCCCUCGCUGGCCCACGCCCAGCGCCUCACCAAGGUGCGCAUCGUCGGCGAGACCAUUGCGCACCUGCGCGAGCAGCGGGCUCUGUGCGCCGCCGCGGCGCGAGACAUGCUGGCGCUGCUCGCGGACAACCGCCGCGGAGACGGUAGCGGCGGGACGGCGACGCUUCGAGACGCGCACGAGGGGCCGGAGCCGAGGAAAAAGACGGCGCUGGCCGCGGUGGGAGAUGGCGGGAGUCAGCAGGACGCAACGCUCUCAUCUACGGGGACGGGGCAGGGUUCCGGCACCGGCACAUGGCAGUACGAUCUGGGCUUGUGGGAAACAGAAUUCGAAUUCACGGCCAUUCCGGCAUCGCAGGAGGAACGACUUCCAUGGUCUUGCUCUACUCUACCCUUGCCACCGGAGAGUUCGUCCCUGCCAGCUCCUACGGGCGUGCCCACGCCGCCUCGCGAGGGCUUCGACGCAAUCGCCCAUCUCACGUUUCCCGCCAGUCUCCUCCCGGACGACACUUUAUUCAACACGACACUCGACGAUUCUGCAGCGACAGACGACAUCUGGUCCGGGCUUGGCCUAUGA